GGAACAGUGUGUUGCAAUAAUACGAACAUGAAUCUUAAAUCAUCUGAUAUAUAUUAUUCACAGGAUAGUAUUAGCCACAGAUUUGGUGACAAUACAAAUCACAGAGGGAAGAGAAUUGGUGAAACAUUGGACGACAUAAUUAAUGGAAGAUGCAAAGUCUCUUCUAUACCAGUGAUUGAAGUAAAAAAUUUCGGUGGGAAAUGGUACAACCGUCGUCUCUGGGUGUUUAAACAUCUACAGAGGCUUGGGAGAUGCGAAUAUAUACCCGUGCGACGUUGUCGACAUUUCAAUACCAAAAAGUUUACAACAAGAAAUGGUGGAGUGGAUGUACGGGUACGCGGUGAUGGGCCUGGUGGAAUAUGUUAUUUGCUUUCUUCUCCAUCCACGAGAACGCUUGAGGAUACUGUCUGUAUAACAAAGUCGAGUACUCCGCAGUUAGGUACUUCGCAUUUGAAUGUUUACACUCCAAAAGAACGGCCUACAAGCAAUGCAAUUGCCAGAAAUUAUCAGCCUGAGGAAGAAUUCAAGACUGAUAAUGCAUUGUAUGCGCAAGAGAACUGGACAACAUACAAUUCAGCAAGUAUAAGGUCAGACGUGAAGUUGAAAAAUGCGGAUUAUUUGACUAGAGAAAACCCACAGGCAAUCGGGUUUUCAGAUAGAACGCAUGAUACCCAUUCAUCGAGCAGUUUAGCUAUGCACUAUACCAAUAAUGACGAAAUCAAUGAGUCAAAGACACAGAGAAGCUAUACAAUGUCAUUUGGCAUUGUAAAUGAGUCUUUACAACGAAUAUCUAUCUUCCCGAUUCAUGCAGUUCAAUCUUCCUCCAAAUCGUUUACAACGCUGAAUGCUGAAACGCGAACACAGGCGUAUUUAGAAAACCGUCAUAGUUUUAAUUCAUCUACUGAUAUUAAAGAACCAAGCGCUAAGCGGACAACGGAUGUACAAAGAUAGGCGAAAAUUAUGCAGAGUGGAAUCGCAGGCAAGCAAAACAGAGAAUUUGUGAUGACUAUGAUAAACAACAAAUCGAAAUUAGCAUGGAGAAAGAAAUAUCAUCAAGGCAAUUGCAGCAAAUGUCUAAUAUGUCUGCAUAUAGGAGUAAACAAACAAAAUGUAUUGUACCAAUGACUGUCCAUGAAUUGAAAUCAACAGAAGCUUCGACAUUCCUCAAUACAAAAACUAUAAUCGAUAAUGAUGAACCUGAUAGAAGUAGUAGAAGUAGUAGUAGUAGUAGUAGUAGUAGUAGUAGUAGUAGUAGUAGUAGUAGUAGUAGUAGUAGUUGUAGUAGUAGUAGUAGUAGUAGUAGUAGUAGUAGUAGUUGUAGUAGUAGUAGUAGUAGUAGUAGUAGUAGUAGUAGUAGUAGUAGUAGUAGUAGUAGUAGUAGUGGAAGUUAUAGUAGUAGUAGUAGCAGUAGUUAAAGUAGAAGCAGCAGUAGUAGUAGUAGUAGUAGUAGUAGUAGUAGUAGUAGUAGUAGUAGUAGUAGUAGUAGUAGUAGUAGUAGUAGUAGUAGUAGACGUGGUAGUAGUAGUAGAAGUAGUAGUAGUAGUAGUAGUAGUAGUAGUAGUAGUAGUAGUAGUAGUAGUAGUAGUAGUAGUAGUAGUAGUAGUAGUAGUAAAAGUAGUAGUAGUAUAUAUACUAGUAUAUAUAUAUAUAAGAGGAUAUAUAAAUAAAAAUGGACAGGUUGUCAUAUUUGAAUCAAGACACUGCUUUUCUUGCCAACAGCGAGAAAAAAAUAAAUUCAACCAGUGCACCAACACAUAAAAACAAUGUUUCUGACCCAAACAAAAAUAUACAUUCAAUGCGUGAUACCACAGACACUUCUGGUAAUCUAGCAAGUACAUUGACUAUGCAAGUAAAUGAAGAAAUGGCUUAUAAAAAAUCACCACAACGAAAAAGCGUGAUCUAUCAGAUGUCAGUAAAAACGCAGGUAACAUACCUCGUAGGGAAUGUAAAGAAGGGACAAUAAUAAGGCAUAGAGCUGUACCUGUGAAAAACAUGGCUAAGGAAUCAACUAUUGAACAAAAAAAUACCCCCACAGCAAAGAAACGAAACCCAACUUUUACACAGAUAAGCUUAUGCCAUCGAGUGUCAUUUUACAUCAAUCGAAAACAAAAGCAACGAAAUUAUCGAGACAUGAAACUCAUAGCGAAACAUGUGAAUUGGCACCAAUGCCCUCAUCAUGCUAUACAGACACAGACAACAAAUCGCAUAGAAUGGACACACACAGGGGUGUAAAAUUAAAUAAAUUGGUUGUAUCCGCCAACUUGGCAACAGUUCGAAAUUCAGAAAACAUAUCAACCUGUGUCAAUAAAGAUACCGUCUCUUACCACGAUAUAGUAUCAUGCCUGAAUACACCUGAUGUAACAGAAGUUAAUGCACACCAAUUACAAAGCGUUUCAAAAGGAGGGAGAAGAAAUAACGACCCUGCAACAAAGUGUAUAAAUAAAGAUACUGAUUUGAUAAUACAACAAGAUGACCAUUUAAGAGUGGCGAACAACUGUGAUGGAAAUGCCUUAACGAAGAAACAGUAUCUUACUAAAACAAAACCAGUUCUUGUUGAAUCAGAGGGGAUACCGCAAAUAAGGACAGUUGUAAAGCCACCAACAAGAAGUGAUCAAAACGUAAAUGAAUCAGUAACUGGUGUGUUUAAAACUGUUCACAACCAAGAAGAUGACAACUCUGAAAGCGAUGCAGAUGAAGUGUAUGUAACCAAAUCGGGGGCUAUAAAAGCACUUCGAGAGCGAAGGUCGAAGAACAAAUGACAUCUCCAAAAACAAGAAAUUUAGAUAUGUAAGGUGCAUACAAACAUGCAUGUUAGCGAUCCUCCGCACGUUCAAUAUAACAAUGGCAGAGAAUAAAACAGUACUUCAAAAUAAUGAUUGAAAUAUGUAGUUCUAACACAUGCAUUCUAAUUAUUGAAAUGAUUGGAUUGCAAACUUUCUUGUUAUUAAGAUGGGUGAUUUAAAUGGUUUUAAAUAUGUAGUUAGUUUGAUAUAUUAAUAUUGUUACUAUAUUUCCAUUUUUUUUCAAGACAGGUGUAACGCAUUGAAAAAGCAAAAGAGUGUGAUUGGUGGAAAAUAAGUGUGUUAAGCAUUGUAAAGAAUUGUUUGGUUGUUCAUUGUAAUUUAAUUAAUUAAAACUAGUUUGAUUGCGAUGCGGGUAUUACAACGUGUUAUCAUUUAACAAAGUUGUUAAGGUUACCAUAAGUAUUUUAUAUGGAAAGAUAUCCAGGUUUUACUUUGACAUGUGUAAAAAUAUUACUAUUUUGAAUAUGUAUUGGUCCACACAUUACAAUAACUGUUAAGGAUAUUUGCACAAUUCGGUUAAACUAUAGAAUUUCAAAUUAAUUUCAAAACAAAAUCACGCUCUUUUUAUAGUAACACCACGGGAUUUCCAUAUUAUUGGGAUUCCAAUGUCCAUUUUUCGAAAACGUUUGGCAACUAUACAAAUUCAUUUUUUUUAUCGUUUAAUUUUCUGAACAUAAAAUAACACACACAGUUAUAGAAUUAAUAUCUCCAUUGUUUUUAUAAUGAUUACCAACUGUUCGUAACAACCAAUUAAUCCACCCGAAGAUACAUGUAUUUGCCAAUUUUUAAGUUUGUGAUGUUCUUUGAUUUGAUUGUUAUUUUAUACUGCAUCAUACAGAUAAAUCAAACUAAAAGUGUCUUAAGUUUGCAUAAUUUUAUCUACAAGCCAGUAAGAUGUUUAUAUAACAUUUCUUCGAUUUAUUUACACAAAUUGUUUUCUAUUCUCAUUUUCUAAAAACAUUAUGUAAAUAAAUAACCUACUAAAACGGAAA